GCGAUAUCCGGAAACAUUCGUUCGUAUGCUUUGGACCAGACGAUGGACUUGCCGUGUUCAUGUAAUGAAUCGGGCAAGGAUAUUUUUCAGACCUUGGCCAGUUCCAAAGGCCACAAGAGCGCGCCACUAGAUGAGAUCCUCCAGCUUCACCAAAACGUCCAUCUUCUCGGUUCUGGGAUACGGGAAUGUCUAGGCUGUUGCACCAACGACGAUGUGAUGGCAGCACUGCUGGAUGGAUUGGCUACCCUUUCCACACUCUACGAAGCCGCACACAUCCAGUACUCGAAAACAAGUGCGCCAGGAGACGUAACCUGCGAUACCCCUGUCCAGAUACAUCCGGCCGCCUAUCCCUUCCCAGGGAAUUCGACUGCACCACCUGAUGAGACACAUGAGAGGUUGAGUGGACAUCAUGUUCACCCUACACUCAGAGCAGUUCCCGAUGCUACGCCGGUAAUUGUUCUUGGAAGAAUUGAACUCACCGAAUUCGAAACAAGUCUAGUUGCUGUCACAGUCAUCAAGCAAGGACUAUCUCAAACUGGCUCGCACCUUCGGGACUUACAACAACAUUUGACCAAAUGUCUAAUGGUCAAGAAGAUGCAAAAGAGUAAUUAUGAUGUAUACACGAGAAGGGUGGGUGAAAUAUUGAAUGCCAUCUACGCCUCGUUGGCUGGCAUUUAGAUGGCUGACUGCGUCAAUGAUUGCUGUU